CGCCCCUACAAUCUUUAAAAUAACGUCCCUCUUGCAAUCUUUCUCGCCCGCACCCAGUCCCAAAUUGUUUUCUCCAUCUCUAAUAGACCAGAAGAAUCAUUAGUACGAUGGCAUCAAAGAAAAGGUUAGGAUUGAAGCUUCCAAUCCCUGCACAACACCAAAGAGCCCCUCUUCCUCUGCCUCUUCCUCUUCCAGAACCGCCGAAGGCAUCUUCAAGACAGGGCAUACAGAUGCUCUGUGAUUUGGAAAGAGUGGGAAAGCUCGGGCAUGGUAGCGCGGGCAUGGUGCACAAGGUCAUCCACCCCAAAUCCUCCACUUACUAUGCCCUAAAAGUUAUCCGCCUGGACCAUGAGCCGUCCCUCACUUCCAACAUCACCAGGGAGAUGGACAUCCUUAGGAAAAUCGAUUCUCCCUACAUUGUCAAAUGUGAGGGUGUCUUCCACGAGGGAGGGAACAUGAAUUUUGUGCUGGAAUACAUGGAUGGAGGCUCCCUUGCUGAUCUGUUAAAGCACAGGAAAAGGAUUAGCGAGUCCUGCCUGGCUAAGGUUGCCCGGCAAGUACUGGAAGGAUUGAAAUACCUUCAUACAGAGCGGAUUGUUCACAGAGACAUCAAGCCCGCCAAUCUCUUGGUUAGCAAGAAUUACCAGCGAAUUAAAAUUGCAGACUUUGGGGUGAGUAGGAUUGUAUCACACAACAUAGAUUCCUGCUGCAAUUCCUAUGUGGGAACAUGUGCUUACAUGAGCCCCGAGAGAUUCGAUCCACAGAGCUAUGGUGGGAGAUAUAAUGGAUAUGCAGGGGAUAUCUGGAGUUUGGGAUUGACACUGUUGGAAUGCUAUGUGGGUCAUUUUCCGUUUGUAGCAGCCGGAGAGCAGCCGGAUUGGCCUGCGCUGAUGUGUGCCAUAUGUUUUGGAGAGCCUCCCUCUGCACCCGCCAGUGCAUCUGCGGAAUUCCAAAGUUUUAUCAGAUGUUGUCUUCAAAAGGACGCAGGCAAAAGAUGGACGGCCUCGCAGCUUCUCAACCAUCCAUUCCUCAACAGGACUUCACAAUUUCAGCAACCCUGCAAUCUUACAGUGCCCCUCCAGUCCCUCAACAUCUCACAAAAUGUGUGAAUUCUGUAUAAAUUUCAGGGAGAGUGGAUUGAACAAGCUUUAAACCACCAUUGCAUUCCUUCGGUCGAACAGGAUAAAGCCUAAAAAGGGUAAAAUCAAAAGGUUGCAACAGAAAUGUUUUCUGGGGCACAGUUGAGUUUAAAAAUGGGUAAAGCGUGCAAGUGAUCCGGCAGAAGCUAUCCUGCACACCCUCUUUCGGAGCGGGCAACCCCCUGAACCUUCUUAUGCUAUUCUUACACAGGGGUAGGGUGUUCCCCUUUCUGGUCAUCAUGGAAUUGAACGCGGCCUAAUUUUGACACUCAAUAGUGCCUGUUAAGCCAAUAUUUUGUGAUAGUUGUCAAAUGUAAAAAUAUAUGGACAUGUAAAAAUAUAUGGUCAUUCAGAUAUUCAUUACAAUCUAUUUUUUUAA